AAGUAGUGCGGGAGUUAGACUGAGAAGCAGCAGUGGAAGUAGUAACAGCCGGUUAGCAGUGGAAUAUGAAGCAGAGUAGCAGUAGCCUUUAGCACAAUAAAUGAAUAGUAAUAUCUCUAGUGCUAGAUACAUGGCUGGUAAGUAGUAGUAGUAAGAGCAGCAGCAGCUGAUGGUGUAGUCGGUGCUUGUAGAAGUAGUAGUAGGUGGGCAAGCCAGCAUCGAACACCAACACUUCAGUAGUUUAUAGUAGAAAUGGCAGCCACCACAACAAGUAAGGUGCUGUCUGUUAUUAGACGUGGGUCCUGCCGCUCACCACUGACAGCCUCGAGGAUUUUAUUUACCGGCAACAAACAUUUUCAGGGUGGUGGCAGGACUCCUUAUUUAGUAUGUAUAUGUGGGACAUAUUGUACCAGGAUUAUAAACAGAAAUGAUGCAAGUUUGCGGUAUAGAGACGGCUUACCUGUAUUUUCAGUGCCUUUACCUUCCCGUCAAGAGACGUGUGAAUUUGUUUUAAAACCAAUAUCACAUACUGUGGGAGAUUUUUUUAACUUUAUGAAAGAAGAAGAUCAUGGUAUUGAUAAUAUAUCGAUAUAUACAAAAGGUUCAAAUGUUGAUGGAGAAUUCAAGGAAUCUGAGGGAAUUAAAGUUGCAAAAUCCACAUCAAUAAAUAAUCUUUUAAAAUCUGAAUUCUGGCUUAUAGUAAACAACAGGGAAUAUCAUGUCACACCUCCUGAACAAAAAAUACCUUUAUGUAAAAGACAUUAUGCAGGGAAGAAAGGAAAUAAUGCUUUUCUGCUUGGUAAUGAAAGUGUAGAAAAACUUUCUGAUAUCAAGAUGUUAGUGUCUCAGUUAUAUAGCACACUAAACAUUGAACAAUACCAAUUAGAAAGAGAAAACGAUUUGCUACAGAGGUUAGAGGAUCUUAAACUUCAACUGGAACCACUAGAAAAGGUAAAGAAAGAUCUUGAAGUUCGUGCCCAAAGAAGAACAAACAUGCUCUCGUGGCUCGGACUAGGCAUGAUGGGAUUGCAAUUUGGAAUUCUUGCUCGGCUCACUUGGUGGGAAUAUUCUUGGGAUAUCAUGGAACCUGUAACUUAUUUUGUUACCUAUGGAACCACAAUGGCCAUGUAUGCUUAUUUUGUUGUUACUAAACAGGAAUAUAAUUUCCUUGAAGUCAAAGACCGACAGUAUCUGCUGAGUUUCUACAAAAAUGCCGAGAAAAAACGCCUGGACGUGCACAAGUAUAACCACUUACGAGAUGCUAUUUCUCAGGUGGAAUACGAUCUUCUUCGAUUAAGGGAUCCCCUUCAAUUACAGCUGCCUAUAGGUCACAUACAGAGGCAAAAGUCCUGAGAUUCGCUCAGAUUUCACAGCCCCUCACUGCGACUAAGUGUUACUGUGUUAUUGUUCAUGGACUAUUUCUACUACUUUGACUACUACUACUACUACUACUACUUCAAAUACUACAACUACUACUACUACUUAUGGUGUUGGCCACCGCAGUUGCGAUGCACUAUGACUUUGCUUCAACUAAUUCAUUCAUUUGUGGUACUUUUACUCAACCUUUUAUAGUAAACAUCUUUGUAUAUUAACUGUAGCAUCUUGUUGCCAAUUGUUUACCUCAAUCACAGAAAUAUCUUCUUAUUUUGUUACUAAUAUCUACAAUCUUGAUUGGUCAGAAUUAAAUAAUAAUAAUAAUAAUGAUAAUAAUGAUAAAAUGGAAACGUGAAAAAGUGAAGCUUUUUAUAAAGGAACAAAACAAAAAAAAAGCAUUAAAGAAACCGUAAAACUCUCGCGCCUGUCAUUGGUUCAAACAAAUCUCUCCAGUCUCCAGAUUGUUGAGAGGAAUUUGCAUUGCUUUAUGAUUAACAACUUAAACUGUUUUAUUGUCUUUUAUUUGUUUAUUUAGUUUUGUUGUAUUGAUUUUUUUUAUUUUUUUUU